GCUGAGCAGAAGGAAAGUGCCCCUCUAUGGCCAGGCCAAAGUGUUUGCAUUAUUGGAGGGGGAGGAUUCCAUGCUUGAAGAUGCCGAAGUCUUCAUUGUUCUGGAAGGAUCCACACUGGUCCAUGUCACCAGGGCUCAGAGCGACGUCAUGCUCUGCUUCAUAGUGCCUGGACAUAACCUCGCUGAGGUGGUCUCUGUGCAGGCCUACUUGAGCUCCGAAACCACACCUCUCACAUGGGUGGGUGGCGCAAUGCUGGAAUAUGUCCAAGACGAUGCACAGGAGCUGGCAGAGCACCUGGUCACCCACGGAUAUAGUCUGAGCUCUCUGGAUCACAAGGAGCUGAGCAGCCUCUUUAACCUGGGCCAGCAGAGCUCCCGCUGGGCUAUGGAUCGUCGUGUAGCCCUCGCCAUGGCGAACCUGGAUAUUCCUCCAAAUUGGAACGUUCUGGGCAGUCCCAGAACAGACGAUCACAGCCCCAAAGAGUCUCUGCUCCACCUGGCUGUGCGAUGGGGUCUGUGUCGACUAGCCGAGCUGUUGCUUUGUCAGCCCGGAGGUCUGAUGGCUAUCAAUCUGCCAAACAAGGAGGGAGUCACGCCGCUGCAGCUGGCACACUCAUCGGGCAACAGAGAACUGCUGGAGCUCCUCACGCACCCACCCAACCCUCUAGCCACACCUCCUGCAGGACUAUCUCAGGUAUGGGCAGACCGCUCCCGUUUGCUGAGAUACUGUCACGACACGGGGAAUCUGACACUGACCGUCCGACAAAAUCUCAAGUGGAGCUCAGAGGAAAGCCGGCAUGCUGAUAUUCAGCUGCUCAGAAACCGACUUAGAGAUGAGGGCUUCCUGAGAGAGAUUAAAGCGCUAAGAAGAGAACGGACAGAGACAAUUUUCGGAAAAGAACAAUUGGUGGAUGAUCCUGCAGAAAACGGACCUUUUCUUGAUAAGAGUGGAGAUAAUUCAGCUGCAGACGAGAAUGACUACGAGGAGCCGCUAAUGUUUUGCCUCAAUCAGGAGGACCAAGAGGACGAGCAAUCUGACUCUGAAAAAAGCCAGUCGAUAGGCGAGAGCCAAACCUCAUCCCCGACUCUGGCUGCUGCUGCCAGGCUGUCAGCGAUGAUCCAUGGGAAAGACAGAGUAUAUGCCAACGCCAUGGUGGUGCAGCAAGUGGACGAUGAUGAUAUGAAAUACCAUUCUCGCCCGCCGCCUGAUGUUGGCAGCCUUUGCUGGGAGCCUUUCUCCAUGACACCCCCUGAUUCAAGGACCUGUCCGAAAAAUCCCCACCCACCCACGCCACAAAAUGGCGAGAGGGCUGUCCGAAGCCCAGGCCCAGAGAAAUGCAAAGAGUCACCUCUCCACAUCUCUCCUCCCUCUCCCUCUUCUCCUUUUGCUUCCCCCCCAUCGUUCCCGUCCUCCCCCCUGGCUUCCGCCUUCCGUUUGUUUGAAGGAGUUCAGAGGCGACAGCCACAAUCCAACCUUCCAGUCUCUCCCACUUUGAACCGCAGAGGAUGCAACUUGCCAGCGGCGAACCGCGGACUGAGUCCCAGUCUUGAGUGUGACAGUGGAGAAGAGGACAUCCUGGGACACUCCUACCCCUGCUCAGCCUUAAAGCUGCAGUGCAGCUCGCCAGACUUUAACAGAUCUCACUCGGACAGCACCCAAAAGCUCUCUAAGAACCCAGAGGAAGGCGAGGUUCGACUGCGCUCGUACUCCUACUCCUCCCCCAAGGCGAGGCCCUCGCGCCCUUUGCUAAACAGAGAUGCAACCAUCACUGACCUGGCAGAAGAUGGCGCAUUCAGCAGCAGUGGCCGUUCUCUACUUCAGGCUUUAUCUCUCUCUAAAUCGCUUUCUCGCCUCAACCAAGUUAAGCAGAGUGUGCUGAACCUGACAGAGACUUCCAAAGAAAAGAGGGUUUUGGGUUUCCGUAAGCGGGCCCAGUCCGCAGAGGAGGAGAGCAGCGCAUCACUCCAACACCUCACCCUCACAGAGUUCCUUAAAGAGAUCGAGGAUGAGGAGUGGGAUAAAUACAUAAUUCCGUCCAAGGUCGAAUCAGAGAAGUACAAAGUGAGCCGGACCUUCAGCUUCCUCAAGAGCAGGAUGUCGAGCACUCGCAACAAAACAAAGGUUAAAGGGAAAGAGGCGAAGGACGGGAAGGACAAGAGCGGAGCGGCUAAUGGACAUCAGUUUGUGCCCGCGUCUCCAUCUGGUCCUGCUGUCUGUGUGGCCUGCGAUAAGUCGGUUUCUGGGAAGGAGCUGCUGCAGUGCUCCAACUGUUUCUUGAAUGUCCACAAGAACUGUCGAGAUUCUGUCACACAAUGCGGAAAGAAGCUGCAGGAGAAGAAUGCAUUGUUGACGAAAAGCAAGACCUUGUCCCUCCCACAGACUUCUGUGAAAGACAUCCCUCCCUCCACACCCCUCGCCUUCUCCUCCGUUUCUUCGUCAUCCUCACUCACACCAACGACCAAAGAAAAGCGAGAAACACUCGACGCUCUCUCCAAAGGCCUCUCCGUCUCUUUAGAGAGCAGAAGGCUGAGUGACACAGCAGCAAUGGAGAUUGAUUCCAUUCCUACAGCUUACGGCUCACAGUCCGAUGAGGGCGCCCCAAUGACAAUUCUUCCUUCAGUCGACCCACCAAUGGCCCCGCAGGAUGAUGCCGAUGCUCCUCUAUUAAGUGAUCUAUCAGCCGAUCUUCUGGGACUCGACGCAGAGUCGUGGAGUCUUGCAGUGAGUCCGGAUUUCUGCCGGCAGCAUGACAGACGUGCCAUCAAACGCCAGGAUGUAAUUUAUGAACUAAUGCAGACCGAGCUGCACCACAUCCAGACUCUGACGGUCAUGUCCGAAGUGUUCAGACGAGGAAUGCUGGAGGAGCUGCAACUCGACUGGGAUUGCGUGGCCCGGAUCUUCCCUUGUUUGGAUUCCUUGUUGCUCUUCCACAGGAACCUCUUUGGAUCACUGCAGGAGUGCAGACAAGCUUCCACCCAAGCCGAGAACCAGAAAAAUUACCUCAUCCAUCAGAUCGGAGACAUCCUGCUUCAGCAGUUCUCAGAUGAAAAUGCUGAGACAAUGAAGCAAGUGUACGGCGAUUUCUGCAGUCACCACAUGGAAGCUGUCAGUGUCUUCAAGGAGCUUCAACAGCAGAAUAAAAAACUCCAGAACUUUGUCAAACAACAGAGCCAUAACUCGCUGGUCAGGAGGAGAGGGAUUCCAGAGUUUAUCCUUUUAGUCACCCAGCGCAUCACCAAGUACCCAGUUUUGUUGGAGAGGAUAUUACAUUACACUCAAGAAGGCAGUCAGGAACACUCCGACUUGUCAAGUGCUCUGGCUCGGAUUCGUGAUAUCAUCGCAGCAGUGGACCUGACUGUCAGUAAGUACGAGAGAUCUCAGGAGCUGCAAGAAGUGCUCGCCCGUCUGGAGAACAAGAGCUUUGCCAAACUAAAGAGCGGCAAGGUGAUUCGCAAGCAGGACCUGCACAGCAAACACAGAGAUCUGCAGCACAAGGGACUGCUUUACUGGAAGACCGCCACAGGCCGCCUAAAAGAUACAUUGGCCCUCCUCCUUACAGAUGUUCUGGUGUUCCUACAAGAGAAAGAUCAACGCUUUGUGUUUGCGGCCGUGGACCAGAAGCCUCCUGUGAUCCCACUGCAAAAGCUCAUUGUUCGAGAAGUAGCCAAUGAGGAACGAGGGAUGUUCCUCAUCUCCGCUUCCUCAGCUGGACCGGAGAUGUACGAAGUUCACACCACGACCAGAGAGGAGAGAAAUGCUUGGAUGAGACACAUAAGACAAGCUGUCGAGAGUUGCCCAGAGGAAGAAGAGGAGGAGGAGCGCAGUGCCGAAUCCGAGGAGGCCAAGCGAGCAGCGGAAGCAAAGGUUCAGAAAAUCUCAAAGUUCCAAGAGACAUUGUUAAACCAGGACCAGCGCAUCUGCAACAGCUUGGAGGAGAAAUUGCAAUUAUAUGCUGAGCUCACAGAGUUAACGCUGCGCUCUUCAGAAGCCGUGCCACAUCGCCACCUGCUGGUACAACCAGACAUUGAUAGUGAGUCCCCAAGACCCGCCUCGACACUGCUCACGGCUGCACUCCGAGAAGCGGAAAACCUGAUCACCAUCCUGCAGGUUCACGAUGACCUUCCUGUCCCAAGUGACAACUCUCCGAUCCGCGGGCCCGAGUGCUGCAACUACAAUAGCCACGGCAGCAGCAUCCAAGAGUCUCCCUCGGAACCGGAUUACCUGAGCACACUCAGUAUGAGUUCCACUUCUCUUGGAUCGGAUAGUGAGGGCGCGGGGAUGGAUGGAGUUUUGUGGAGUUCUGCUUCUGAGCCACAGAAAGGCGACACCAAAGAAACACUGUUCAAGGUGGCAGAGAGUGUCCAAAGUCUGACUCAGCUUCUUUAUAGUCUGCAGGCUGCCGUGACUCUUCAGGACAGCUGCCUCGAGAUCCAGAAAAUUCUCCUUCAGGAAGGAGACAAAUCUCAGCUCAAGACCCUCGCUUCUCUCCAAAGCAGCCUGGAGCACGAGAGGCAGACGGGUGUUGAAAGGAAGAAAGAGGAAGUUGAGAAGAAGGGUUUAGAGAGGAAGAAGGAAGAAGUGGAUGAGGUGCAGAAACUCCAAGUGAAACUGAAACAAGACCAGCAGCGUUGGGACAAGGAAUGUGUGGCCAGGGAGAAACAACAGACUGAGCAGGAAAAUGCACUGGAGCGGCGUGAGCAGCAUUGCAUCCUGGAGGCACAACGGCUCCGCUGUGAACGAGAGGAGCUGGAAGCUCAGCUGCUGGAGUAUCGUAACAAUCUGGACAGACUCCGGGAGGGCCAGAAGAGUGUCGACAGGGAGAAGGAGAAGCUGGAAGCCCAGCAGAGGGUCCUCCAGAGCUGGAGACACAACCGGCAGAGCAGUCUGCCCGUUACUAUACCACUGGAUGGAUACAAGGUACCGAGUCACAGUCGCUCAGGCAGCUUGGACGGCACCUGCUGGACGUACGAGAACGAUGCGGCUCUGCUCGCCUCCCUCCAGAAGAACCAUCCCCCCAACAACAACAACAACCCACACCAGUAUCCGCUCUCCGCCCCGAGGCGGAACCACGACGGCCCCCGGCAAGCCUCCACCUUUGGCGCUGACCUUAGCCUCAGUGCCAGCCUCUACAACAGCCUCAACGCCCUACUCAGCCAAACGCACAGAAAACAAUCUCAGGAUGGGCUCAUGUUCACCAACUACUCUAAGAACCCCGACUGCCACCAGCUUCCCAACAACGCUGUCAAUCCCUUCAGUAACAGAGUCCCGGCGCAGCCCCAGAGCACCGCGAAACACUUCAGUCCACAGUUGGAUCGACAUUCCCCGGGGGUCUGGAGGCCAGGUCACGAACUUUACAAAAACAGCUUUUCCCCCGCCUCCUCUCCCUCCCUCACGCCACUCCUCCCCCCGCAGUCCUACCUCUCUCUCGAAGGACAUCUCAGGGAGGACGGAAGCGAGGAGAAUAUCGUUUACCUCUGAUGAGCGAGGCAUUCUUUUGGACACGGAACUGGACUUGAUUGCUUUUGUUCGCCCGUGAUGGAUGUCAAUACAUUUGGGGGAAACUGUGGAUAAUCAAGGGAGGGAUCAGUAGCGUAUGUGCCUUUUAUAAACUACCGUCAGUGUUCCUCCUGCCUGAUCAAACCUUUGUGCCUUUUGCUUUUGUGUUUGCUGUAAUUAUUAUUUUUUUGUCUGUAAAUUAGUUUCUAUCCGUAUUUUGGUUGGAGGUGCCUCGAACGUGGCGCUAGGGAAUACCAAGAUAAAAGUACAGGGGUCAUUUUUUUUUUUCUCUUUUAGCACUUAAUAUAAAAUACAUGCGGGGGGCAAGCCAAGGUCGGCCAUUGCAAGCUAUGUACAGCAUUGAUUGCUCUUCUAGAAAGUACCAUUACAUGUUAUCUUAAAUAAUAUUUAUUAGGGAAUGAAGUCAUUUGCAAAGAAUUAUUAACUGAGAUGUGUUGAAGUACUGUAUCGUAUUGUUUAUUGAAAGGGCUACCUAUGCACACUGUUAGGAGAGCUUCAUUCUUUUCUCAGUAAAGUGCCCAAAUUGUUGUGAUAUCCCACCCCCCCAACCCCCCACCUCAUUAUUUCCUCUUGGAACAACUUGGUAAUUUAUUGUACGUAAAUGGCUUCAUGCACUGUACACAAUGUGCGGUUUGCUGCAAUGGCUGUAAUCACUGCUGUGAUGGAUGUAAACGUUUGGGGCUGCUUAUAAAGAUAUUGUUGCAAACAUC